GUAUUAAAGUUAACCAGUGUGAUGGCAUAGAAGCAUUCCACAUACUCUACUGUAAAGGUCUAUACAGUGGGUGUAAUACGGUGUAAAAUAGAGCAGAAGAACACACGGGCCUACAAACUGUCACAGACCAUGUUGCACAUCUGCGCCCACAGAACUGAGCAUUAAAUGUACCACCAAUGGAAAUGUGUAUUUGUCUGUGCGUGUGUGUGUGUGUGUUUGGGACACCAAACAAGUUAUUUCUCUCCGGGGCCUUAUAAAUCCUUUUUACACACACACACAAUUCCUGUUCUAACUGGACACAACUGCUGUCUUCCGGUUUGAAAUUUGAGGACUCAAAAUUCACAAUGCACGUACCGUAACACAUCACUUGAUAUUAUUGGCUUAGUGAUACAGUGGUUAGCACAUGAAGAUUUAAACUGACUGAAUGGGGACCCUCCGAGAUGGAGUUUGCAUGUACAACCUACAUUAGAAUAUACCUAAACGUGCAGUAAAGGUUAACUUAUUCCAAAGCCAAAAAGUAACAUAACAGCAAAAGUGACAUAAAAUACAAUAAUUGGCCUUGAGUGCAUCGCUUGCGACGUAAUUUCAAUGAACGUAAUGAACCUCUGAAAUAUUAUACAUUAGAACCUCACAAUCUUGCGGGAUGCCAGUCGGCCUCUGAUUUGUUAAGAAGCACUUUUUUUUUGUCUCUGUUUUUUAUCUGUACCUGCAAGUAACAUUUAUGGCAUUCUCAACUGUCAUACAAGUGUAUUAUACCGGUAAGUGAGGUGUCAGACUUGAGAGGCUCCACUGUCCUCCUGUAUGUGCAGUCAUGCAGUGCAAGUAAAUCUCAACCCUGAUUCUCAUUCAAGUAUAACACAAUAUUCAGCAAAUUGUCUGCGGCCCUGUUCUAACCUGUUUCAAUGCUUCAUCCUUUAAUCUCUAACCUCACCAGGGCAAAGCGGGACGGGAUGGAUACCCGGGUCCACUUGGUUUGGAUGGUAAACCAGGACUACCAGGUCUCAAGGGAAGCCAGGGACCAGCCGGGCCAAAGGGAGAAAAGGGUGACCAAGGAGACAUUGGACCAAGGCCACAUCCAAGAUGUUCACCUGUUGACUUCCUCUCCUCAGGGUCCUCCAAACUACAGCACAUAUGCUGGAUUGCACAGUAAUCAGAUUCUCACCGUCAAGAUGGUCUAUCCAAGAUACGAUCACAGCUUUCUCUCUGAUGGCCAGUCCAGCACCUUUCAGAGACGUUUUCUGAAGGGUGACCAAGGCCAGGCCGGACCUGCUGGCCCGCCUGGCCCCCCAGGACCCCCAGGUCCCAGAGGCCCCCCUGGGAACACCGGCAAAGAUGGACCUCGUGGCCCAGCAGGAGAGCCAGGUAUUCCAGGUCGUGAUGGCAUUGAGGGUCCUCAAGGAUUACCUGGAAACUCGGGAGAGGAUGGGGAACCUGGAUAUCCUGGACCACAGGGUCCUCCAGGGACAAAGGGCGGGCCGGGUCUAGGAGAAAAAGGAGAGCGGGGCAUGGAUGGAUUACCAGGAUUAAAGGGAGAUAAAGGAGCAAUUGGAGACCAAGGUCCCAUGGGUUAUCCUGGUGAAAAGGGCAUUUCAGGCUCCUCGGACAUCAUUGACUUCAAUGGGAAGCUUCUUGAUGCGUUCCAGGCCAUCAACACAAUCAGUAUUUCGGGCCCACCUGGACCACCUGGCCCCCCAGGUCUCCAAGGAGAAAAGGGGGAGCUUGGUUUACCUGGUCCAGCUGGAGUGGAUGGGGAAAAGGGAUCUAAAGGUGAUGUGGGUGAGAUAGGACCACAAGCAGAAAGAGGAGAAAAGGGAGAGAUGGGUCUUUCUGGGCCUGCAGGUAUGGACGGACAGAAAGGAGAGAAGGGCGACUGCAGACUGGAUGACAACCUGGUUCAAAUGAUUUCCCAGCCAGGCCCACCAGGCCCGCCAGGAGUUCCUGGGUCACCUGGAUCCAUGGGGCUGCAUGGAAUGCCUGGUCCAAAGGGGGAGCCAGGAGAUGGGAUCAAGGGUGAGAGGGGGGAUACCGGUAUGCCAGGACCCAAGGGAUUGGACGGCCUUCCGGGUACACAUGGGUCUCCUGGCCUUGUGGGUCUUCCAGGGGCCAAAGGAGAAAAAGGCAGACUAGGGGAACCUGGACUUGAUGGUUUCCCAGGCCUAAUGGGAGAGAAAGGUGUCAGGGGUGAACGAGGAGAUAAGGGUGACAGAGGAAGUGUUGGAAAAAGAGGACUGAAGGGUCAGAAGGGAGAACAGGGUCCUCCAGGCCUGGACCAACCCUGUCCUGUGGGUUGUGAUGACAAAAAAGAUGUAUCUGUUGAAGGAGCACUUUCUUCUCCUCCACCUCAUCUUCUUCCUCCUUCCGCCCCUGUGGUCCCCUGUCCUGUGGGACAUGAUGGCCUGCCCAUACCAGGCUGCUGGCACAAGGAGAAGAUGGCCAGGCAGAAGCUUAAACGCAAGCGUCUUAUUCAGCCAUGAAUGCCAGCAGGAGGGCCUGCUGAGGAAAAGGACAUGUAGAGGGGCAGAGGGCACAGAGGCAGAUUGGCCUUUAAGGAGCAGAAGAUGCCUUGCAAGCCUGUGUGUCUUAAGGAACACUAAAAUCCUCCAAUAUGAAAACUGUUCUCGAGGGGUCGACAAAUCCACUUGCGCAGUCCCCUGGGAUGCUCUGGCUGAUGUCGGUGACGUCACUGAAACAUCGCGAAGGAUUUACAGCACGUUAUGAUUUACUCAUCACUUGUUUGCCUGUGUAGUGAAAAUCUUGCCUAAUUACCUGCAUAAUUAUAACACAUUGUGGAUGAGUAUAAUAGAAAUAGCUUUUUAAGCACUCUUAUAGGUUUUUGACUUUUUUUUCCCACUUGUGGCAGUGGAAACCUGUUUGUUGUCCAGUUACAUUUUGCAUUCCUAUGCAUUGCCAUGUUUAUUGAGCGAUUUGAAGGAGCCGUUACAGUAUUCAUAGUAAACCAGUGCAUCAGUCAACGGGGCUAAUCAGCUUCAUUUUUUUGCUUGAGUUUUAAUUACCUUAAAACCUUCCAUUUCCACUUGUAAUUUAGUUUGAUUGAUCAUGGUCUUUUAAUCCCAGAUGAAGACAUUUUUGUUCUCUCUUGCUGCUGACGAAUUUGUUCUUUGUAUGAUGUUUUUUUUUUUAUUAUUAUUUUAGUAAUAUUAGUAAUUUAAACUGAUUGACUGACCUAUGUAUUUUAUUUUCUUCAAAGGUCGACCAACUUUUUUGUUUGGAAUUCAGUUUUAUUUAGUAAUCAUACACUGGCUUUGAAUGCCAGUAAUGUUACCUUUUUGUGGGCCUUGUUUCAGUUGUCACAAAAAGGUUUCAGUCCAAGCUGUCAGAGGACUUUUAUUGGUUUUUUUGUCUUUGCAACACAUUUACUUGGCCUGAACAAUUUGUUUACUUGGUUGGACCUCCUAUAUAUUUGCAAAGUGUCUUUAAAUGUGGCAUGAUUAUUUAAAGAUACAGGAUAAAUAUAGUUAUUUUGCUACAUGUACACAAUACAGAGAUGACACCAACAUAACUACUUUUUGUAAACAGAAAAGUGCAUUACAUAUUCUUUAAGAACAUCAGUAAACCAAUAUUUUUAUCUGCUAUUCAGUCCGCAUCAUGACUGACAGUUGGAAAUUGUUUAACUUUUAGUUGGCUGUGCCACCUGCAAUUGGCUGGCCACCAGUUCAGGGUGCACCCCGCCUCCUGCGCUUGUGAGGAUAAGCGGCUCGGAAAAUGGAUGGGUGGAUGGUUGUGACACGGAAUUGCUAUGCAGUUGUAAUAUUUCCUCGUAUCCCGCAAUAGUUAGCAAAUAGGUUCAAGAAGUUCAAGUACUUGUUAAAACAUUUUAUUUGUAAAACUGAACUUUGCUCGAUAGAAAAUUUACAGAUGACCUACUUAAUCUAACUUGUCUUACUGCUUGUUUUUUCAUCAUUAUCAAUAUUCAGGCCAAAUUUGCCAAAUUUCUAUACUGAUGCAAUACAAAUCUUAGUGGAAGGACGUGCAGGUUCAGUGUCAGCAAAUCAAUUUAAUUGUACAUAAACGCUCACUUAUGUAGUUCCAUAUAAAAGGUUUUCUUUAUAUGAGAAGUUUAUCCAUAUAAGAUAAAAUAAUACAAGCAUCAAAAUCAAUCAAUCAAAAAUCUAAAUGUUAACACUAACCGGUUUACAGUACCGGUAACUGUAAAGCAUACAAGUGUUGCAAUUUUACGGGAAGCUGCGUGGUUGUCUGUAAAUUAACACGCGAUUUCUUUUGCAGAUUCUGUCAGUUUAAAUGCUUAACGGAGUCAGUAAGUAGCACAAUGUUGCGUGUUUGGUGUUGUAGCCAAUAAUAUAAUAUCACAGUAUUAGCUUGACUUUGUGAGAAUGUUCGGUUGUGUAUUUGGUUGAAAAGGAAUUAAGCUAUUUUUGUAAUAUUGCCUAAAUAUAUGCGUAACUUGGGUCAAUUUAACAUGACUGAAAUGAACUUUGGCUUUAUGCUUUCUUUGUGCCUUACAUCAUAUGCGUUGCAAUUGAGUUAACAUCAAUAGGCAUUAUUUUUCCUCCAGUUGCAACUAUUACUCAUAAUGUUUUGGUUUAUGAAGAGAAGAGGAUUUUAAGGAUUGUGACCAGUUUUCUGUUGUUUCUUGCAUGAGUGUGUUAAAACACUUCAAAAUGUUAUUUUAAAUCUCACAAAUAUGGUAUGACAAGGACAUCGAAGGUAAAUGUUGAUCUCAAUUUUCCAGUUGCAUUCGAACUAAUGUAGGGACAAACUGUUUUAAUGUCUUUUGUAAUUGAUGAAAAAGUCCAUUCUGAGACUAAAUAACAGGAUAGACAAACCUGUAGUUUAGUCUGGAAAACAUAAUUGAAAAGUGACAUUAACGUAUGCCUUGAACUGUUUACAUCAACUCUGAACACUGUUUUUAGUAUCAAAUAAAACUGGUGUGAAAAAAUA